AUGGCAGGAGAAGGAGCAGGAGCAGGAGCAGGAGCAGGAGCAGGAGGAGGAGGAGGAGCAGAAGCAGGAGCAGGAGGAGGAGCAGGAGGAGGAGCAGGAGCAGGAGCAGGAGGAGGAGCAGGAGGAGGAGCAGGAGGAGGAGCAGGAGCAGGAGCAGGAGCAGGAGCAGGAGGAGGAGCAGGAGCAGGAGCAGGAGGAGGAGCAGGAGGAGGAGGAGGAGCAGAAGCAGGAGCAGGAGGAGGAGCAGGAGGAGGAGCAGGAGCAGGAGCAGGAGGAGGAGCAGGAGGAGGAGCAGGAGGAGGAGCAGGAGCAGGAGCAGGAGCAGGAGCAGGAGGAGGAGGAGGAGCAGAAGCAGGAGCAGGAGGAGGAGCAGGAGGAGGAGCAGGAGCAGGAGCAGGAGGAGGAGCAGGAGGAGGAGCAGGAGGAGGAGCAGGAGCAGGAGCAGGAGGAGGAGCAGGAGGAGGAGCAGGAGCAGGAGCAGGAGGAGGAGCAGGAGGAGGAGCAGGGGCGGGAGCGGCAAUUGCGGCAACAUAG